AUGGCAACUCCCGGCGCUUCCUUGCCGUUGUUAACCAUCGCCGGUCUCAAAUUCUACGUCUUAGUCCUCAUUUUCCUCGCAAUCGUAGUCUCGAUUAUUCUCAUCACCGUUCUCUGCAUUCGUCGGAACCGAAGCUCAAAGAAGAGCGAAAUGCAAGUGAAAGUCAAGCAUAGCUCCGGCACAAUUCCGCUUGUUUCUAAGGAGAUCGUGGAGGUGAUCAAGAUCGGAAAUGCUAUUGAUGAUGAUCCGAAGAUGCAGAAGCAAGUGGAAUGCGAGAUCGAAGAGAGUAGUACUGUGUCGGUGGAGUCUCCCUCGUCUUCGUCGGAGAACAUAGGUUGGGGUCGGUGGUAUAGUUUGAAGGAAUUGGAGAAUGCGACCGAUCGAUUUUCCGAAGGGAAAGUGAUCGGAGAAGGAGGUUAUGGAGUUGUGUACAGAGGAAUUCUUCAAGACGGUUCUGUGGUUGCUGUGAAGAAUCUUCUUAACAAUAAGGGUCAAGCAGAGAAAGAGUUUAAGGUGGAGGUUGAAGCCAUUGGAAAAGUGAGGCAUAAGAAUUUGGUUGGGUUAGUUGGAUAUUGUGCAGAAGGUGCUCAAAGGAUGCUUGUUUAUGAAUAUGUUGACAAUGGAAAUUUAGAGCAAUGGCUGCAUGGUGAUGUAGGACCUGUUAGCCCCUUGACUUGGGAUAUAAGAAUGAAGAUUGCAGUUGGCACUGCAAAAGGGCUAGCCUAUUUGCAUGAAGGCUUAGAACCCAAAGUUGUCCACCGAGACGUAAAAUCCAGCAAUAUUCUUUUGGACAAAAAAUGGAAUGCUAGAGUAUCAGAUUUUGGACUCGCCAAGCUCUUAGGGUCUGGCAAAAGCUACGUUACAACCCGUGUAAUGGGGACAUUUGGAUAUGUUUCACCCGAGUAUGCAAGCACAGGAAUGCUUAACGAGAGCAGUGACGUGUAUAGUUUUGGGAUUCUACUCAUGGAGCUAGUUACAGGAAGAAGUCCCAUUGAUUAUUCUAGACCACCUGCAGAGAUGAACUUGGUUGAUUGGUUUAAAGGAAUGGUAGCAAGUCGUCGCGGUGAUGAACUACUUGAUCCUUUGAUUGAGAUUCAGCCCUCUCCAAGAUCUUUGAAGCGUGCUUUACUGGUAUGUCUGCGUUGCAUAGAUUUGGAUGCCAAUAAGCGACCAAAGAUGGGUCAAAUUGUUCAUAUGCUCGAGGCAGAUGAUUUUCCUUUUCGUUCUGAUCUUCGAACUAGAGAGAAAGACUCUGUUGCCUCUCAGGCAGACGAAUCCAAAAAGGUUCUGUAUCCAACAAGGCAUGCGGAGCCCGUAUAUAAAGCGAGCUGGAGAUGA